UAAUGACAUCUAUAAAAGCAGUUCUGAUUAUAAGAGUAAGUGAUCAUCAAUUACUCUUCUCCAAGUCAUAUAAUAAAAAGAAUGUAAAUUAAAAUUUGAAAAUAUAUAGAUUGAUUAAGAUUAUCAAAUAAUUUUAGAACAUAUGUCAUAAAUAAAUCCAAGAGCAGAAGAAAGAGUUACUUUAAAAACUGCUAAUGGAGUUUGGCGUUAUAAACUUGAUGAGAACAAAAUUGCUUAUGCGUGUAUACAAAUUGUAUUUACAUUAGUACUUGCUACAGAGAGUUAUCCUGAUAGAUAAAUAAAUGCUAUGAUAAGAGUAAGAUAUAGUAGUAAUCAUUUUAAGGAAAUAGAAAAAGAAUUAAAAAAAAUGCCUGACUAUUUUGAUGCAUAACCUAAUGAUAUUGAAAAAUAUGCAAAAAUCUGGAUGAAAUAACUACAUGAAAAAUAUGAUAAUUUAGCUGGAGUAGACAAAGUAAUAAAUUUACUCUUACUUUCUUAGGUUUAUGCAGCAUAAUAAAAAGUUGAAGAGGUUCAAAUUGUUAUGGAAGAAAACAUACAUAAUAUGAUAAAUAAUGGUUAAUAGCUUGAUGUAUAUUUUGCAAAACUACUCAUAGAAUUUAGAUGAAAAGGCUGAAAAUCUCAAAAAUUAAUCCAAGCAGUUCCAAUAAUAGUCUCAUGAACUUGCUAAAAUUAUGUAUUGGAGGAAUAUGAAAUUAAAAAUUCUUAUUGGUCUUAUUGUGUUAGCCGUACUGCUUUAUAUUAUAGUUCCAUUAGCUAUAAAUGCAUCAAAUUGA